AUGGACCCCCUGGAAGCCAGCACAAGCUUCCUGACCACACGCCUGCAGCGGCCGCGCAGCCCGGAGGCCGCCACCCUGGCCCUCCGCCCCGCGCUCCAGGCCGUGGUGGCAGACCUGGCUGCCUGCCUGGAGGGCACCGCCUCGCUUGGCCACGCGGCCUCCCUCCUGCUGGUCGGACCGCGGCAGAGCGGCAAGACCCUGGCGGUGGAGCGCGCGCUGCGCACGCUGUGCGCCCGGCACAACUGGGGUGAGGGCGCUGAGCCCAGCGUGGGGGUGGUGCGCCUGGCGGGCUGGGCCCACGCCGAGGAAAGAACGGCUUUCCGAGACACGGCGCGGCAGCUCUGCGAGGCCUUCGACUGCGUCUUCAAGCGCUCGGCCUCUGUCGGAGAGAACAUCGAGUUCCUGCGGGAGAUGCUGCAGUGCAUCUCCAGGGCCCAGAAGACGGUGGUCUUUGUGCUCGACGAGUUUGACGCCUGGGCGCGCCGCCCGCGCCAGACCCUGCUCUACGGCCUGCUGGACGCCAUCUCCUGCAGCGGCGUGCGCGCGGCGGUGGUAGGCACCACUGUGCGCGGCGACGCGGUUUCCUUGUUGGAGAAGCGCGUGCGCAGCCGCUUCAGCCACCGCGUACUGACCGUGCCGCGCGUGGGCGCCAACGAGGCGCCGGGCGCCCACGCCGAGUUCAGGCGCUUCAGCAACCUGCGCGGACAGCACGUGGAUGGCUACACGCGAGGCGCAGCGCUCCGGGCGCUGGACGCUCUGCUGGCCCUGGGGGUGCUGAGCCGGGCCGGCACGCGGGCAAACGACGCCGCUGCGGGGGGGAGGCAAUUUAUGCCCCUGCAUCUGCAAGUGACGCCAGAGGAACUGGGUGCGGCCCUGGCAGCCCAUCCUUCCUGCCCCCUGGCCCUCCAGGAGUGGUUUGCAAAGGAGGGAGGGCUGGGCGACACUGCCAACCAGAUGCUGGGCUGA